UUGAACGGCGCGGCGGGCCGGGCCUCUGUGUCGUGUGGGAGCCGCGGGCGGCGGUGCGGAGGGCCCCUCGGCGUCGCCAUGUCCCCGGGCAGCGGGGUGAAGAGCGAGUACAUGAAGCGCUACCGCGAGCCGCGCUGGGACGAGUUCGCGGCCUGCUACCGCGAGCUGCGGCGCUACCGCCUGGGGCGCCGGCUGCUGGAGCAGGCGCACGCGCCCUGGCUCUGGGACGCCUGGGGCCCGGACGGCGCCUCGGACAGCUCGGCCUCGUCCAGCCCCGCGCCCCGGUGCGCGUCCGCCGAGCCCGCCGAGCCCGCCGAGCCCGCCGAGCCCGCGGAGCCCGCGGAGCCCUCGGCACGGGAGGAGCCCGAGCGGCUGGACGCGGAGGCCGGAGACUCCAAAGCCACGGACGAGCCGGACGCGGCGCUGGCAGCAUUGCCAGUGAAAGAUGGAGAAGAAAAACCAGAGCCAGAACCCAGAAGGAAAGACACAUCUGACAUGUUACCUGCCAGUGUCAAACCUGGACAGCAACCAAGUGCCUUAUUAGCUCUAGAGAAUAAGAAAUCAGUCAGAAGUCUCCAGAGGUCAACAAGUCAAAUAAGGGGAAACAAGCACCCAUUUGCUCUGUAUGGCUGGGGAGAAAAACAGAUGGAUACGGGGAAUCAGAAGACCCACAAUGUCUGUGCAUCUGCCUCUGUAAAUGAGAUUCAUGAAUCAGCAUUAAGAGCCAAGAACCGAAGACAGGUGGAGAAAAGGAAACUGGCUGCCCAGAGGCAGCGUGCUUACUCUGUGGAUGUGGAUAAGAGCAGGACGGUGAAGGUCUCCACUGAGAACCCGUGGAUGACGGAGUACAUGCGCUGUUACUCAGCAAGGGCCUAGGACCAGCUUGUUCUAUAAUGUGCUCAUGAAAGAAGAGAAAGGAAAACAAGAAGUACUAAAUGGAACUAGUUGUUUGAAGAAACCCACUGAAUAUGCAAGACUUUUCUUAGGGAAUUUUCAGGAGGUCAUUUUAUUUUGGUGAAUAUUGGUUGCCUACCUCAGAAGUAGGGAGAGAGUUCAAAGCCAUAGACAUUUGGAUGCUUACAAAAGCAAGUCUCUAAACCUCUGAUAUUCUUGUAAGAAUUUUAAAGCAUCUUUAUCUUUUAAGAUACACCAAAUGCCUUUAAAUGGCUACAGAUGCUUCUUGACAGACAUCCUCCUUUAGUGUAGCAGAGCCCAUCUCAUCUGGUUCUGAGCAAUUCCACAUUCCAUUGCUGGUGGGAUUAGUCCAUCCUGCAGCACAGGGCUUUAUUAUUUUUUUUUAAUACUUAACUAUGUAUGGUUUUCUUUGCAAAGGAAUAUCAAGUGAAAAGUGAUUUUCAUGACUAUAGUUGAUUCCAUUUGUAAUGACACUAGAAUUUAGGUAGCUGCUGAAAAAAAUUUUUUUUUCAGAUUACAUCACUUUCUGUGUAGAUUGUAAUAUCUGGGGAGGGCCAGGGCUACUUUCUCUUUAAAUUAUCAUCUAGGCAUUUAUGUAGUAGUUUAAUAGUUUAAAUACAUCCUGGUAGUUAAGUACAGUGGGUUAGAAUAGUGAUGAGGUUUCUUUUCAAUCAGAGUUUCAGCUUUUUAAAAAUUGCAAUGUUUGUUUUUAGAACAGCCAGCUACUUGUUAGUCUGGUCUUUUGCUUGCCAUGCACUCCCUGUGGACACCUGCCUGUUCUUCAAUAACUGGCAAUGACAUUAAUAAUUUAGAAUCUGAAAUUGCAUUUAAUGAGCUGAGGUUGUUUGGUGCAUCAGGUAGAGGGCCUGAGUGACAGGCAUGACCACCUGUUUUCUCUGCAGAGUGUACUGCAAUCUUGAUGAGGGUGGAUGUUUGUACGUUAGGGUAUCUACUUGACCAUUUGAUUCCUGGCUAGCAGGUAGGACAGAUAUACUUAAACACUGGCUCCUUCUACAGUACAUUUGCCUUUAGGGUAGAAAAAAUGGUUUUAAAGAAUGGGCUUCCUAGCUGGGAAUGUGGCUUAGUGGUAGAGUGCUUGCCUAGCAUGCAUGAAGCCCUGGGGUUCGAUUCCUCAGCACCACAUAAACAGAAAAAGCCAGAAGUGGCGCUGUGGCUCAAGUGGUAGAGGCUGAACAUUUCCUUGAUAUUUUUAUUCUGUGUCUUAGUGGUCAAUAAUCACUUUUUAGAACACAAACAUGAAAUUGUCACACAGUGUCAUCUUGUAAAUAUAUUAAGCUUUGAAAAUGCAUUUUGAGGAAUCAUUUUUUAAAAAAAAACUUUAAAGAUAUUUACAUAUUUUGUAUAGUCUCUUUUAUGUGGAGAGCUUUCCUAAUCACUGAAAUGCAUAUUUAAUAAGAGGAAAUUCUAUAUGCUGUCCAACACAACCUUGUUAAUGCUUCUGUUGAAUCUCAGUGUUAGCCACUUUUAAUUAUUGCAGGUUCUGAAGGUCCCAUGAGUGUGUCCCAUGAAUGGGUGGGUUGGCAUAGGAUUGUGAGAAUUAUUCAUGUAAAGCCAGGACUGGUAAGUCUGUUCUUCCCAUUCAACUUGAUGUCACAUUGCAUCUGACAAUCUCAGAAGGCUGUGUGGGGAGGUGUGGGCUCCAUGCUGGCAGCAUCGGGAUGCUGACUUCUCCAGACUGAACAGCCAGAAAAGGCCUCCUCUGGCUUAGAGUUAAUGUGCUCACCACCGAAAACUCCAGAUGGAGGUACACCAAGAAGGGAACAUUGGCUAUUUUUUCCCCCUUUUCAGUUAAAUUGAGGACAAAUGAAAAAUAUUUUAAAAGAAAUCUCAGUGUGUAUGAAUAGUGAAUAAAUCAGUAAGAACAAGUUGUCCCUCACUUUUCCUGUCAGCCCUUAAUUUCUUUCUUAGGACUUCUUUUCCUUUUUUUUUUUUUUUUUAAGGUGGAGAUUAUACCCUGUGAAAAACUUGAAGUUGUAACAAUUUGGUUUUACUAAAAACUUUUUUCUUAUUCAAGGAACUAAUGUGGUUGUUACCAUGUUCCUAAAUGUAAAAUUAGGAUAAAUUGUAAAACAAUGAGAUCGUUUAAAAUUGUCUGUCAUCAUGGAAAAGCCUAAAACUAAGAAUCCAGUGAUAUU